AUGGACUUUGCCGGCAGUGGUGUGGUGCACCUGACUGGCGGCGUGAGCGCAUUGGCAGGCACCAUAGUGCUCGGCCCACGCAAGGGCCGCUUCGUGAAUCCGGAGGAGUUCGAGUGCCACAACUUGCCCCUCGUCGUCUUGGGUACCUUUGCGCUGUGGUUCGGCUGGUACGGCUUCAACCCGGGCUCCACGCUCGGAAUGCACGACGGAGCUACGGGUGCUAUGGCCGCGCAAGUGGCCAUGAACACAACCCUGUCCGCGGCCACCGGCGGCAUCACUGUGUUCAUUCUGCGCUAUUUCAUCAUGAAGAAGUACGACGUGGGUGGCCUGUGCAACGGUAUCCUGGCAGGUUUGGUGUCCAUCACUGCCGGAUGCGGCAACGUGGAGUGCGGCAGCGCCUUUGCCAUCGGCCUGAUUGGUGCCUUGGUGUACCAAGCCUCGUCCAUGCUGCUGCAGAAGCUGAAGAUCGACGACCCUGUCGAUGCCAGUCCGGUGCACGGCUUCUGCGGCAUCUGGGGCGUGCUGGCAGCCGGACUCUUCGACUGGGGUAAGGGUGUUGACCACUACCACGGCUGGUCAGGCUUUGGCUGCAUGCCAGUGAGCGCAUCGGACUCUACUUGCCAGACAGGCAUUGGCGGCACUGCGAUCGGUGCGCAGUGCAUCCUGAUCAUCAUGGUCAUCCUUUGGGCCGGAACGCUCUCAGGGAUUGCCUUCUUCGCUCUGAAGAUGACAGGGCUCUUGCGUAUCGACGAGUACACGGAAGAGGUCGGCAUGGACGUCAAGCAGCACUCUCCCCCGAAGGCUUAUGCCAUUGGGGCUUCUGCUGCUUCUGCUGCUGGGCCAUCUGUGUGA